GAGCAGCUGUCCCUGUCUGUCCUCCUGGUGAGCAGCUUGUGGCCCCCCAGCUGCCCGGGCCAUGAAGGGGCUCCAGUGCUCCUGGAGGCAGUGUCUCUCUGGGCUGCUCCUGCAGCUGCUCUUGGCCAUCUGCUUCUUCUCAUACCUGCGGGUGUCCCAGGACCAUCCCAUGGGGUUCCCUAGAACAGAGGCCAGCACCUCAGAUGUGGUCACCAGGACCCUCCACGGGUCCGUAGGGCUGGCAUCCACCCCACAGCCCCCUGCGCCCCAGAACCUGCUCAUCCUGCUGUGGACGUGGCCUUUCAACAAGCCCGUGUCUCUGUCCCGCUGCUCGGACCUGUGGCCGGGCACAGCCGACUGCCAGAUAACCGCCAACCGCAAAGUGUACCAGAGCGCAGAUGCUGUCAUCGUGCACCACCGGGACAUCAGCUACAGGCCUAAGGCUCAGCUCCCGCCAUCGCCGCGGCCACCCGGCCAGCGCUGGGUGUGGUUCAGCAUGGAGUCCCCCAGUCACUGCAGUCAGUUGCAGGCCCUAGAUGGCUUGUUCAACCUCACCAUGUCGUAUCGCAGUGACUCGGACAUCUUCACGCCCUAUGGCUGGCUGAUGCCCAGGGGAGACCAGCCCGCUGCCCCCCCACUCAACCUCUCAGCCAAGACAGGGCUGGUGGCCUGGGCCGUGUCCAACUGGAGGGAGGGCUCAGCCAGGGUGAGGUACUACAAACAGCUGCAGCUGCAUCUCCCAGUGGACGUGUACGGCAAGGGCCACCGGCCGCUGCCCCGCCAGGGCAUGCAGCAGCACCUGGCCCGGUAUAAGUUCUACUUGGCCUUCGAGAACUCACAGCACCCAGACUACAUCACAGAGAAGCUGUGGAAGAACGCGCUGCAGGCACCCGCGGUGCCCGUGGUCCUGGGCCCCAGCCGCAGCAACUACGAGCGCUUCCUGCCUCCUGACGCCUUCAUCCACGUGGACGACUUCCCGAGUCCCCAGGCCCUGGCGCAGCACCUGCUGGCGCUGGACAAGGACGACGCCCGCUACCUGCGCUUCUUCCGCUGGCGGGAGACGCUGCGUGUGGUCAGUGGUAGCUGGGCCCUGGCUUUCUGCAAGGCCUGCUGGCGGCUGCAGGAAGGGCCCAGGUACCAGACGGUGGCCAGCAUUGCCGCCUGGUUCACAUGACGGGACCAGCCUGGCCUCAUCCAGAGUCUCAGCUGUGAGGGAUUCCUCUAUGGGGACGCACUUGGGUGGGACCCACCUGAGGGGUGUGCCUGCCAGGGUCCUUACUGCAGGGUUCUUACUCAACACUUAAGGGGUGGGGCCGGGGAGAUGGCUCAGUAGAAUAAGUG